GUGCAUGCACGAAAAGAUAUAAUAUGCAUUAUGAAGUUGAAGAAUUUCUUUCCGAAAAACUAAGUUGUACUAUUCAUAAUAUUGACCUUAGUCAGCAUGAUACUCACGAAAUAGAAAAGGACGAAUUUUUUGUUCCACGACCAAUAAUAUCCGGAAAUAGCAUCCCAAUUGAUAUUGAUUCAGAUACUUACGAAUUCAA